AUGAAAAGCACAACGGAGGUUACGGCUCCGACUGAGGAUCUCGUGUCCUUUGCUUUCAACAAGCAGAACACCUUUGAUGACUCAAAGCCGUUGUACAUCAGUGCCGAUGAUCCGCAGCAGUCACUGAGUUACGAACAAGCCUUGCGAUAUAUCCGACAGUUGAUUUCUGGACUCAAAGCUUUUGGACUUGCAGAUGGCGAUACCGUACUCGUACAUCUUUUCAACAACUAUGCCUACGCGCCCAUCCUUCUCGCCAUUGUCGGGGCCGGAGGCGUCAUCUGUGCCACCAAUCCAACGCUCAAGAGUGAACUCGUCAAUAUAUUUGACAUUGCACGGCCUACUUUCGUCAUUACCACGUCGGAUCUUUUGAUCAACUUGCAAAAAUGGGUGCCCGGCAUCAGCCUUGACCAGGUCCUGAUUUUUGACAAUCUCAUGUCUCCAAGAUGCCAUGGUAGCGCUCCGAAUUCUGGACCCGGCCAAACAAGUCUCGAUCCGUCUCUUUUGAGCCAUGGUGAGCGGGACUGGAAGAGACUGCACACGGAAGAGCAAAUGAGGAAGACACCAGCUUCAUACUUUUUGACAUCGGGCACAACGGGCUGUCCCAAACUAGCCACCUUGUCGCACUACUCCAUGGUUUCCCAUUUCAUUCAAAUCCACCAAGAGGUACCCUAUGAUGUAGUAAGGCUGUGCUGUCUGCCACUGUUCCACAUAUUUGGCAGUGCCUGGGUAAUGGCGCUGACCAUUCGCCACGGUCAGCCAGUCUAUGUCAUGCCUCGGUUUGCCAUGGACAAAUACUUGGAGUAUGUUGAAAACUUUCAGAUCACGGAGAGCUGCUUAGCACCCCCAAUCGUCGAACAGUUGAACAAUCUCGAUCCACCUCCCAAAAGUCAGCUGGCAUCUCUCCGUUUUGUCACUGUAGGAGGCGCGCCCAUUACGGCCGCCACCAUGUGCACAUUCAGGUCAAUGCUACAUGAUGCGGCGACAUUAAGUGGAUGCUAUGGUGCAACGGAGAUGGGCACCAUUAGCAUGUUUCGGUACGGAGAGGAAGUCGACUAUGGCUCCGUCGGAAGGCCGCUGCCCGGAGCCAAGAUAGACUUGCGGCCAAUUGAGGCCCGUCAGAUUGGUCUGACGAAGGGUUCUGCAGGUACGGAAGCCUGGAGCGAGAUUGUCGUCUCAGUGCCCUCUCAUAUGGAGAGAUAUCAUGGAGAAUUUGACAACAGCAGCGUCAAUGUCCAGUGGUAUCGUACGGGUGACCUAGGGCGGAUGGACAAGGACAAACUGUACAUUGUCGGCAAGGCCAAAGAUAUUAUGAAAGUGAACGGUUUUCAAGUCUCGCCGACCGAGAUCGAGGCCGUUCUGCUUCGGCAUCCGGACAUUGUCGACUGUGCUGUGUCCAAAGUCGUGCAUAACGAGGCCGAAAUGCCACGCGCGUACGUGGUGAGGCGUAAUCAGACCCUUUCCGAGGAUGAUGUUGUCGACUUUUCCCGACGGCAGCUGAUCAGCUACAAGGCAUUGACGGGCGGCGUGGCUUUUGUUCAACGAAUACCAAGGCUCGCCAGCGGUAAGAUCCAGAGAUACAAGCUUGUUGAUAUGCCACUAGACACAGAACCCGAUAGGCAUACAGAAGAAGACGAAGGCGAAGAAGGAGAAAUAGAAGAAGAAGAAGAAGAAGAAGAAGAAGAAACAGGCGCCGGGCAAACUUGUGCACGCUCUACACGCAUUCUUCGCAAUCUUGUUCGCCGUGCGGGCUUGAGCGGGAGCUGGGUCAUUCGGAGGCUGGCGUCAGAGCGCUGGCUAUCGAAUGAGCAUUGGGGUCAAUGGUCGGCUCCAAGCAUUGGACUAUUGAGCUGCGCAAUCGGAAUCGGGAUCUGGUACAUGAGAGCAUUUGGUCAGGAGGAUUCUAGGCGAGAGAGCUGA